AUGGAUUAUCGAUCAAAUAGCAGCACAACAGCGAGUUUUGACGCGUUUGCAGCAUCAAUGCAAAGUGUGCUUUCAGCCAACGUAGGCACAUCCACACCUUUACCACCAAACACGUGCACGUCAUCAUCUGAAAUGUCUGGGCUGGCUAUAGAUUCAUAUCCAACGACCUAUGUGCCGAGACCACAAGAAGCAACAUCGAUGAUGGGAUCAGCAGCUAUGAGAUCACUCUAUGAUCUAAACAACAAUGCCAAUAGCAACAACCAUCAUCAUGACACAACCCCUUUACAUGAGAUGGCACCAAACGAUUCGAUCGAAUACCUUUACAAAAGCAACCUAUGGUCACGAAGACGUGAGAUUAAAUCGGAUGUUGGUAACGAUGAUAGCUUGCAGCAACAGCAACAACAGCCUGUGGUGAUGAGUAUGGUCGAUGAAAUAAGCGGCAGCGGUGGAUGUUUUACGGAUGACAGCCUAGUGGCACCAUGCACGUUUUAUUCUCCUAUACAUCAACAGCAUCAUCCAUCAACCACCACAAGCCCAUGUUCGGAUCUUUCAUCACCACCUAAUCUCGUAUUGGGUAACAGCCAAGUGCUCAAACGUCGCCGUUCAUCUGCCAUGUCACUCACAAUGACUGACAAGGAGCAUCAUCAUCACCAACACCCUUCCAUGAUGGCAGCAGCAGCUGCUGCUGCUGUUGCUGCAAAUGGGAUAUAUUAUUCACCUGUACCAUCGCUUCCAGCAGCAGCAGCAACACAACAGCAGCAUUAUGCAGCACCUGUUGUAGCACAACCACCACCGCCUACAGCACAACUUGUGACCCCAACAUCAUCUGCUACAGGCACACCAUCACCAUGUUCAUUUCCAGGAUCAUCGUCAUCAUCGUCUUCUGCAGGGGCAGCGUUGAGUGAACAAAGAACAACACCAAUGCCCCUUCUCAGGUUCAAUGUCGUUCUCCAAGCCUCCACAGCAGCUACGCAGAUUAGUGAGGGAUCUCCAACCACUUACCUAAAUCGUGGCCAAGCGUAUGCAUUGCAUUUACAGGAUACCUAUGAUCAUGACACCAUCAUCACCAGCACUUUCAUCAUCAUGUUUCAUGAACCAUCGCAUCGCAAGGUGGCUCUCAACUAUUGGAAGUUUUGGCUUAGUCAACAAAAGAAUCCUUCUGCUGCAAGAGCGGUGACGUUAGACCAUGACCAAUCGAUUGGUAUCCACAAUGUACGAUUUCCCAGCUUUGAUCGAAUUUCAUUCGAUUGGAACGGAAGAAUAGGGGCCAAGAUAUUUGUACGCUUCAAUUGCCUAUCAACCGACUUUUCGAGAAUCAAAGGUGUCAAGGGUAUUCCAUUACGUGCACAAAUGGAGACCAAAGUUGGGGGUAUACAAGGACCGGUAUCCACGGCUACUCUACAGCAGCAGGAUACUAAUCCGACACAGGAUUACAUUGAGCAGUGCUAUUGCAAAAUCAAACUUUUCAGGGAUAAGGGCGCUGAGCGCAAAAAUAAGGAUGAUGCAAAGCAAAUUGGCAAGCAUUUGGAGCGAGUGUAUGCGGAAGGCAACCCUCGUCAACAUCCAUUUUGGCUUAUGUAUAAUCAACCCAAGCCAUAUAGUGUGCUUAAUGAAAUCCCAACAACACCACAGCAGUCUACUGAAGAUGCGUUGUUAUCAUCCUCACCUCCAUCAGAAGAUUCUUCGGCAGAGACGGAUAUGGAAGCUUUGCUAUCAAGACCACCACAACAACAGCAACAACAUCUCGUUUCAGAAUCUGCUUCUGCUACAGUAUCAACAACAAGCAGAGCACCAUCAUCCUCACCACCAAGCAAUCCACAACUCACCUCGUCAUCCUUGCUCUUGCAAACACUUCCAUCUCAUUUUUCGCAACAGCAACAACAACCAUCUUUGCACCAUAAACGUACCUUUUCCGAGUUGGAUGCGACAACCUCUGAUGAUCAUGGUCAAUAUCUUGAUUACGCAACAACAGGAACAACGCCAUCGGGCAAUGCCAUGCAAAAUUGCGAGACAUUGGCAAGCAACCAAGUUACAACAGGCCGUUCGCUAUACGUCAAUGUCAAAACCACCCAACAUCAACGUUUCCAUUCACCACCGUCGCCAUCGUCACGCUCAAAGAACGAUAAAAAGAAGCUUCAGCACAUUGUUCUCGAUCGCAUCACCACCCAUGACCUGAUCCUAAAGCUGUCACCUUUACUAUCGCUUCAUUAUAGCCAAGUUUCUGAAAUCUUGUGGCGACAACCCAAGAGCAUCAUUUGGGAGAAUCAUGCGCUUGCCAAAACUUCACCAAAGAACCCAACGUCUUCCUCUUCAAGAGCAGGUCAUCAUGCAGGCGGUGGUCAUGGCAACAGCAACAACACCAACAACAGUGACACUGUCCUUGUCGUUGUCAACGAUGCUAUCCUUGCUGAUCGCCUUACCGAAGGAGCAGUUGUUGGCGUGGAAUGGGAGAUCAAGCCAGAUGGCACUGUACGGCUCUUGUUGCAAUAG